AUGUCGUCGAUUCAGGUAGAGCCGGCGAUGGAUCCUAAGCCCUCGGCAUCAGAAGUUUCGUUCAAGGAAACUAGGCCGGAGCAGCUCUCAGCUGCAUCAGCUGAUUUGAGUGAAGAAAAGUUUGUUUAUGGUCGAGACAAAUUGGUCGCGUCAAUCAACGCCACAGGUGAAGUGCUGCAACAGUUGCGCGCAUUUAACAAAGACCAAUGGAUUCUUCGCUAUCCUGAACAACAAGACGGUCAAGAAGAAGCCAAACUGCCGCUUUCUGUCCUUCGUGUCGACCUAAAACUGGGUGCCACCCAAAAUGCGAGCACCUUGGUCAAUUCGAUGGAAAAGUCGUCGGUUGGCCGCCUUCUCGAUGAGCGCAUGAGUCGCUCAGAUCACCACUUACAGAAUUUGCGCAUGCGUAUUAUUGACACGCAGUCCAAAGUGCUGGUCACUGGUGACUUGAACGCAGGAAAAUCUACGUUUAUCAACGCAUUGAUGCGUCGUGAGCUAGUGCCAACAGACCAGCAACCGUGCACCUCAAUGUUUUGUGAGAUUCGUGAUGCAAAUCAGGAAAAUGAUGGCCGCGAAGAAGUGCACGUUAUCUACGAUUUGGCCUCAUACGACCCAAAGGACUCAUCGACGUUCACUCGUCGCGAUCUAAGUGAUCUCGAAGGCAUUUUUGUCGAACAAGAAGAAAAGCAAGAUGAGAUGAUCUCUGUUCUUAAGUGUUUCUGCGUGGACUCUCAUACCACGCAUGAGAGUCUACUUCAUAACGGUGCUGUCGAUAUUGCCCUCAUUGAUGCUCCUGGUUUGAAUCAGGAUAGUGUCAAGACCACGGCCUUAUUUGCUCGUGAGGAAGAGAUCGACGUGAUUGUGUUUGUGGUGAGUGCCGAAAACCACUUUACGCUGAGCGCUCGCGAGUUCCUGCAAAAUGCCAGCAACGACAAAGCAUACGUUUUUGUCGUGGUAAACAAGUAUGACCAAAUUCGUAACAAGGAAAAGUGUCAUCGCCGCGUUCUUGAGCAAAUUCGCGAGCUGAGCCCGCGGACAUUUGAAGAGGCGGAUGAACUGGUCCACUUCGUCGAUUCACGUACGGUGUGCGAUGCAGCAAACACAGAAAGCAUGAACGAAUAUGUUGAACACUUCUCUGCUAUGGAAAACAACUUGCGUCAGUUUGUACUUCGCCGACGUGCGAAGUCCAAGCUUUUGCCUGCCAAGACCUAUAUGGAGCGCCUGCUCAGUGACGUUCUCUUCCUGGUUCGUCUGAACCAAAAUGCUGCGCAGGACGACCUCGUGUCGGCACGCCGUGAACUAAGUAAGAGCCGUCCAGCGUUAGCCGCCUGCGAGGCAAACGCACUCAAGGCUCAACGCAUGGUCGAGGGUGAAGAAGACCGUGUUGUGUCGUCGAUCACACAGUCAUCUGAAGAGGUUCUUACCAAAGCGCUCGAAACUGUUGGUAACGGUGAGUCGGCGCAUUCUUCGGUGAAGCUGCCAGCUUAUCCAGGUCUCCUGAACUUGUGGCAAUAUGCUCAAGAUGUUCGCGAGGCGCUUGUUUCUAGUCUACAUGCGGUUGUGCGGGAUUGUGAGUCGAUGGCGCGCAAUUCCACGACCCAAGCCGUGGAAAAAAUUGGUCACGCGGGUGAACAGUUCCUGCCCAAGGAUAUCGAUGUGCCCAAGCGUAUUUUCAUGCCUGAAGCCAUGUUUUCUCAUAAGCACGAAGGCACCGUAUUUGCCGGACUUGGUGUCAGCCUCGAUAUUGUGAAUGUGCGCCUGACAGAUUUGUUUGAUGUGCCUCACCACUUUUCAUUUGUGAUGGGCCGCUUUUCUCCUAAGUCGUCUCCGGAUGAUUCGAAUGAUAAGGCACUUACGACGCCCAGCUUCACAGUGGGUCUGGGUGCCCUGAGUCUGCUUGGUGGCCAUGCACUGAAUGCCAAGACGAUCGCCGAGGCGUUUGUGCGUUUCACGGAUAUUCUCGGCAGUCGCGUCGUGCGCAGAUGGGCAGCGCCUGUCUUGCUGCUGCUGGGUGCUGGAGCUGUGGCCUGGAUCGUAACCGAUUUGCCCAACGCCGUGCCACGCAACGUCGGUCGGAAUCUUCAGCGCGAGCUCAAGGGAGGCCAUGGUGUUGUGCAGUUGCCCGGCAAUAGUCCCAUGCUCCUCCGCAACUCGUCGAAUUUGUUUGCGACGAUGCACAGUAUGCGCACAAUGCGUGAAGUUCGCAAAGUAUUGCGCUUGGCCAGCUGGGAUAUUCAAGAGAAGUUCCGCGUCGCCAUCAGCCAGCACCGUGCCAAUGUCAGUAAGGCUGAAGCUCAGGAGAAACUCGCGGACAAAGCCGUAGAAUGGCUUUCGCAGACGGCGGCACGAAGCGCCGCCAUCCAGUCAGAGGUGGCUUGCUUGCUCUAA